AUGGCUGAUUUGGUCUCUAUGAUCAACAGUCUUCGGGUAGAGGCAUGGGAUAGCCUUGAGCUGGAGUGCAUCUCGGAGUCCGCAAAUGCUGCAACAAGUGCUUUGUCCUCCCACUGCCUAUCUGGUCGUGGCGGUUUGGACGACAUUGUUUCGCCCCCUGCAUUUGUUAUGGCCAUCAUUUCUGAGAGAUGGCAAAUUGAUGGUGUUGUUGAUUUGAUUCCAGAUUUUCACAUGCCACAUUUUGGAAUCGCCCCAGCACCUUCAAGCAUAGAAAUAGCCCCAGCACCAAGUCCUUUACCAUUAGAUCCGGGAAUGACCCUAGUGUCAAGUGAUGAAGGUCUAGCACCAAGUCCAGCACAGGGUCCUAUACCUUUAGAUCCAAGCAAGAUAACGAAUUCCCCCCAUUUGGACCCGAGCAUGGCCUCAGCACCAAAUGCUUCACCUUUAGAUCCGGCCUUGGCUCCAGCACCAGCACCAGCACCAGAUUCUAACGAUUUUUUGGGCAUUGAGUUACCACCAACUAUUGGUGAUUUAAAUCUUAAUUGUAGCGGUUGUCCAAUAGAUCCUUUUGGUCUUGCAGCUUGCGUAAUUCUUGUAACCGGUGAUUUACGACCUGAUACUAUUGGUUAUUGUUGUUCAACAUUGGGCUCCCUUUCGAGGGAAGUUGCUUCCGCUUGUCUCUGCCACGCCAUUAAGAUAAAGGCAAUAAAAAUUGGUGAUUUUGAUGUCGGACAUGCAAUACGCCUAGCAUUGGUCGGGUGCGGCAAAAUGGAAUCAGCUGGCAUAGAACCCCAUGUGCCUCUCGGGCCUACAUAA